UGAGGUCCUCAGCACUUCAGUUCCAGCAUCUCUUUCUGCAGUGAUUACCAACAACUACUGCCAAGAUGAUGGCCGGAGGUUUAAGCGAAGCUCGACCUGCAACUGAAGAAAUCCAGAAGAAGGUUGAUCAGGUGAAGUCACAAUUUCAAAAAAAGUCCAAUGUAGAAUGUACAGAAUUUAAAGCUGAAAGUUACAAAACUCAAGUGGUUGCUGGGACCAUUUAUUAUGUAAAGGUACAUAUUGGGAACAAUAAAUAUAUACAUAUGAAAAUAGUUGAACCUCUUCCUCAUACAAAUAAUCCACUGGAGCUGUUGGACUACCAGUGUGACAAAACCAAGGAUGAUGAAUUGGUUUACUUUUAAUGGCAAAUACCAGAAGGCAUCUGUUUGCUGUCAUGAGCAUCCUGUGCCCAUAAGAACAUUUGAAAUGAAAUAUAAAAAGAUUUUCACAUUAAUGACAUAUUGGUUAUAUUAUGAAUAAAAAUUAAUCUGGAAUUAU